AGAGCGCUGCUGGCAUGAAAGCUAGUAGCCUGGGCGUUUAGCUGGAUUGUUAGCGCGCUCGACUCCCGAUCCGAGGUGCUGCUGUCUCGCGAGUUCGAGUCCGGGCGUGUGCAGGGCUGGACCGCGGUGGUUCCACACAACGCAGGUUACAUAACCUCAUGGAUAAGCCAGGACCAUGGAAGGCCUCUCAAGCCACAGCACCUACUUGCUCCAGCAGCUGCAGGAACAGCGAAUCCAGGGCAUGCUCUGUGACUGCAUGCUUGUUGUCAAGGGUGUGUGCUUCAAAGCCCAUAAGAAUGUCCUGGCUGCCUUCAGCUCAUAUUUCAGGUCUCUUUUCCAUAAUACAACAAGUCAGAGAAAUGAUGUUUUUCAUCUGGUCAUUCAAGAUGUUGGAGGAAUUGGCCAAGUACUGGACUAUAUGUAUACCUCUCACCUGGAGUUGAAUCAUGAAAAUGUGCAAGCUUUGCUGGAUAUUGCACAGUAUCUACAGGUGCCCAACAUACUGAGCAUGUGCAACAGUUUCCCAAAGGCUUGUGCCUCAACUAUUAACUCCUCCACAUUCUCCAUGCCAGGUGAGCAGGACUGCAUGAUGAGUGGUAACCUACCUCCUGAGAUUGAGCUUAUGCCUACUGAAUCCCAGAAACCUUUGAACAUAUCCGUUGUGGAAGAUCAGUCCAAACAAGAUUCAUGCAUCCAGGAAAAUAUUUCCAUUGAUAUGGUCACAAACAUGACUACAGCAUCAAUAAAACAGCCAUUACAUGGCUACAAGCUGCGCAAUUUCUCCAGUAAGCAAUAUUUUAAACAAAGUGCAGUACAGACAUGCUACUCUACAAGUAGGCAAAGUCAGGAUCAGGUUUUGGCUGAAGGAACAUUUUUAGCUGAAGGCACAAAUAACACCUUUGACCAUAGUCCUGCCUGCCAAGGAAGUACCAUACCAAUGGAUCAGGAUCCCUCUACACCUCGAGGUUCCAUUUCAGUAGCAUCUAACUGCACGCAUCUUCCUGCUUGCAAGAGCCCUGUGUCUAGGCCUGUGCGCUCCAAGAAAGCGGUAUACCUGAAAAAGUACAACUACCUCUGCUCUGAGAGAAUGGAGGUAAAAAUGCACAUUUCAAAGAGCCAGUUCACUGAGCACUGUGUGAAUGAGGUUCUGCAGGAGGAGACGGAGCAAAGCUUGGAUGAGCGGGUUGGGUCAGAAAACCUGGAAGACUCCACGUCAGGCACCAGUCAGAAAGUCUCCACUCCUUCAACAGUAAACACUGUGGAGAUGUUCUCAGAAUCAAGCAGGGCCCCUCCAGGACAAUCAAGAAAUAAGAAUUACUGCUGUGAAAUAUGCAGGAAAGCAUUUAAACACCCAAGCAACCUGGAGCUCCACAAGCGCUCGCAUACUGGUGAGAAACCAUUCCAGUGUAACAUAUGUGGCAAACAUUUUUCACAGUCAGGUAAUUUGCAGACACAUUUACGCCGCCAUUCAGGAGAAAAACCUUACAUAUGUGAACUCUGUGGGAAAAGCUUCGCUGCCUCAGGGGAUGUCCAGCGUCACAUUGUCAUCCACACAGGGGAAAGGCCUCAUCUGUGUGAUGUUUGCGGACGAGGUUUCAGUAACUUUUGUAAUUUGAAAGAACAUAAAAAGACACACUCAACUGAUAAAGAAUUUACUUGUGACCAGUGUGGCAAGUCUUUCAACAUGCACAGAAAGUUGCAAAAGCAUAAAAUUCGUCACAAUGGAGACAAACCUCACAACUGCCAAACCUGUGGUAGGAGCUUUGGCAGUACAGGUGAUCUACGGCGACACAUCCGCUCCCACUCGGGUGAGAAGCCCUAUUCCUGUGAGAUGUGUGGUAAAAGUUUCACACGCUCUGCUGUUCUCCGCCAGCACCACAGCAUCCACUACAAAUCUGUCAAAGGAGUUGGUCACAGUUCUGACAGGAAAGAGACUGAUCAAGCAAACAAACCUCCACAAUCCCACCCAGUGACGACUGGCAAAGCACUAAGAACCUUGAACCAACGUUAUGGCUCCCGACUUCAACAAAUACACACGGCACCUCCAUCGGAUGUUCCCACUGAACAAAAUUCCUCCUCUGCAGUCCUGGAGUUGCAGCACACUGUGCCCAGGCGCAUUCUUGCUGCUCACUCUGGCAAAUACCCUGAUUCAGACAUGAACUCAAAAAAACCACAACAUGCACUUUCAAUUGAAGUAUCCUUCUGCCCCUUCUCAAGUGACCAUGGACCAGCUACCAGCUUGCAAGCUGCAGACCCAUAGUAGAGUAGUAACUCAUGGAUCAACUAGCCAGACCACUAAGAGCAAUGAGCAUAUUUUUGAGCAUAUCAGUGUAACUCUGGAAACUUGCCAUGAUGCUACAAACUGACAUUUAAGACAUUUCAGUUGAGUUGAGUUUUAUUUUCCUGUAUAACACCAAUUGAGCGGUAGGGGUUGACGUCAUAAGCUGGAAAAAGGCAUAGAGCUGAAGACUGGGCAGAAGUUCUGAAAAUGUGCUUAUUUAAAAGUGCUGAAGCAGGGUUUCCGCUAUAUACAUUUUACUGUGGCGGCCCGCCGCACCUUAAUUUCUGCCGGCACACCUUCAGAAUGUUCAUAGCCUAUGUAAUCGAAUAUAUCAACACCAAAGAUACUGAAGCUUUUUAUCAAUCGUCCCUGUCUACACAUUUCUCCGGGCGGAGCGCAGUUUCACUUGACUGUCUACUCCUCAGCCCUCUCAGGUCUGGCUGUGGGUUCUGAUUGGAUUACGCUCCGCCUCGUAUGCUUUGUUGUUGUUCAUCAACUGAUUAGCACGUAUCUCAACUAGGGUAUAAUCCGGGGAGAAGGGCUUCCCGGGAAAUAUGAUCAAGAUCAAGGUUAUGACUGAAAUCGGGAAAUAAAAUAAAAUAAAACACGCAAGGAGUUUGCUUCUAUUGUUGCUAACUUAUACCCGCUCAACGAGCAGAUGCAACAGUUGUUUGAAGCUCUUGGUACAGGCUACCUCCGUGGAGUCGGUGAGAGCGUUUUCUACCUGCAAUCAUCCAAAACCGCCCUCAGCGCAGUCUAUCGAUACUCUGUUUCUUGAAAGCACCACAAGAAAAUGAAGGGCAGUUUGAGAAAUCAAUUAGCCUACUUACGGAACUAAAAGAAAUAUGUAGCCUAAUUUGUCACGAGUUCAAUGAGAUGCUGAUAGCCUAUCAUAUUGCAGUGUUUGUAGCCAUUUGUUUUGUAUUCAGUUUUACGUAGGCUGAUUGCCCUGUCUUUUUGCAGUGCACAGUUGAUUUCGGUGGGUCAUUUUCUUUAAUAGUUGGACUUGUGUGUGUUUAAAAGAGAAAUACGCCUGCCCUGCCCUAUAAAGAAGUAGCCUAUUUGGUUAACUUUGAGUUCACUUGAUCACACAGCAGAGUUGUUGAUGAACAUAAACGGUGUUCUUU